AUGACAGACAUCCUAGACUCAGUCCUCAACCUCGAGGAAGACUACUACACCCUCGGCCACACAGAAGGCACCCUCGCCGGCGCCACAGCCGGCCGUCUAGAAGGCCGCGCAUUCGGCAUAGAAAAGGGUUUCGAAAAGUACCUAACCCUCGGCAUCAUCAAAGGCCGUACCAAAAUCUGGGAAUCCAGAACUUCCCCUUCUUUACAAUCAUCAUCAUCAUCACUUGACCCCCAAAAAAUAACAAUCACAAACCCCCGCCACUUAAAACACCUAGAACUCCUACAAACUCUAUCAACUACUCCACCAAUCCGUAACGAAGAAGAUGAUGUAGAAGAAGUCGAUGAUAGGAUAAGAAGGGGGAAAGCCAAAGUUAAGAUUUUGGAAAAUACUUUGAGGGAGGGUGUACCACUUGAUGAAGAUGGUGAAGAAAAUGAAGUUGAAGUUGAAAGGGAUGGGAGGACCCCUAAGAAAUUGGGGUCAGGGGUAGCUAUAUCCGGUGCUACAGGAUUGGAAACCGAAUUCGAAGACUUCAAGAUACGGAGGAGCUAA